ACUUCUCUAGAAAUGUCCACAUGGGUGGAAAAACUAAGGCAGUUUAAUGCGGUUAAAGCUCAAGAAAGCAAUGGCCCGAAAGACUCCACAGAGGAACGCAAAAUGUUUGAAGAAUACUAUCUAGAAUGGGGCGGAGGUAGAAAAAGGGACCCUUCCUACGCGUCAAUUCCCUGCUUCUAUACCCCACUUCCUCCGGAACAGGAUCUAAUUCUUCAGAAACUACGAGAAGAAUCUCGAGCAGCAUUCCUCACAAGAAAAAGUGCCGCCUUGCUGGAAAAUGAGGAAUUGCAGAAACUUUUAGAUCUGUUGGAAGAUAACUUAUCUCCGCCUGUUGAGGACAGAAUGAUCAACUUUGAAGACUAUCUGAAGGUUAAAGACCAAGUCAGUCCUAAGUGUAAAGACUACUUCUCCGCGAUUACCUUUAGUAAACUCUACAAAAAGGAUCCUCACGGCAGAAUCGCAAUAGUCGAGUUUUUCCACUAUGUGAUGAGAAAAGUAUGGCUGCAGCAGUCUCGAAUAGGAUUGUCUCUCUACGACAUUAGUGGUCUCGGUUACCUUAGAGAGGCUGAUUUAGAAAACUAUAUUUUGGAGAUGAUACCGACUCUGCCUCAACUGGAUGGACUAGAGAAGAGUUUUUACAGUUUCUACGUUUGUACUGCCGUAAGGAAGUUCUUCUUCUUCUUGGAUCCGCUGAGAACAGGGAAAAUUAAAAUUCAGGAUAUUUUGUGCUGUAGUUUUCUAGAUGAGCUGUUAGAGCUACGUGAGGAAGGUCUGCCUCGAGAGCGGCAGGACUCCAACUGGUUCAGUGCAGCAAGUGCACUGCGCGUCUACGGGCAGUAUCUUACUCUAGAUACUGAUCACAACGGCAUGUUAAGUAAAAGUGAACUGGGAAGAUAUGGAAGUGGGACCUUGACAUCGGUCUUCUUAGAUAGAGUUUUCCAGGAGUGUCUAACAUAUGAAGGUGAGAUGGACUAUAAAACCUAUCUCGAUUUCAUACUCGCACUCGAGAACAGAAAGACGCCUCAAGCUCUGCAGUACCUCUUUAAGAUCCUGGACUGUGAAGGAGAAGCUGCUCUCACUGUUUUCUCACUCAACUACUUUUUUAGAGCAGUACAGGAGGAGCUUAGUAGACACGGCCAGGAUGUGGUUGAUAUGAAGGACCUGAUAAACGAAGUAUUUGACAUGGUGAAGCCGGACCGGUCCGGCCGAAUUACCCUUAAAGAUCUUAUUAAAUGCUGUCAAGGAGAUAUCAUUGUUAGUAUUCUCAUAGAUGUUAACGGUUUCUGGACUUAUGAAAACCGGGAAGCUCUAGUUGCUGCAGAGAAUAUAAACAACCGAUAGUUGUUCAAGUCAGAUCAGAAUAUAAGUGAAGUUGGGUAAAGUUCAUUAUUGAUCUUAUUUUGAGGUUGAUAUUUUGGUUUAGUUCACUACAUUCCUGAUGAACAAAACAUUUCUUGUACUUAUAAUGUGAUGGAGCUUUUAACAAAUUACCUUGAGUGAUUUUUUGUGUUACUUUGGUCGAAUGUAUGGUCAAUGGUGAGCCGAAAUGGUUUAUAUACGGGGCAAGAUUGUUCAGAUUAUCUUGAUUGGAUGGUACAAUAAUUAUAGAACUGACAAACAACUUUUUACAAUGUACAAUUAUAUAACAUAUCGUUUGUAAAUAUUAUAUUUUAAUGUAUACUAUAACAAAUACAUAAUUUACAUAUUUAAUAAAUAUAUUAUGUUUAAAAAUGUGAUCGCUCACACUCAUGGGUAUUAUUGUUGACGUUGUUUAGAAAUUUUGCUAUUGACUGGCUGAGCCAGUAGAGUUUGGAAAUUAAUUUAAAGGAUUAUUUAUAAAUUCCGCUUGGUUAAAUUUCAUUUCCCUUGGACCACUUGACAUACGAAACCUCAUAAUAUAUAUAACGAAACAGAUUUUUUCAGAAGUUCUAUUAGCUAUGUAUUAUGUAAUUAUUUGUUUUUAUAUUAUACCUCAGUAAAUUGUGUCUAUUAACACUUUAUGAUAUCGCCGAAUUUAAUAUGUUUU